ACACAAAAAAAAAACAAAAAAAAAGAAGAGAGAGAGAAUCCCAAUUCUGCCAUGCAUAUUUGUGCAUGUGUAUGUGCGUGUAUGUAACAAUGCCCCAUUAAAUCAAAACAAAAAUCCUUACAUACAUAUAUAUUCAUACGUGUUAUAUAUAUAAAAACGCACAUACACACACACACACAGAAAGAAAGGAACAAAAAAAAAUGGCCCGUAGCCUGAGCCUGACCGGAUCGGCGGACUUUCUGUACCGGAGCUUCUUCUCAUACUCGGGGCUCCGGUCGACGAAAACGGAUCUGCAAGAGGGUACGGUGAUGCACUGCUGGGUCCCGAAGAGCCAUAAGGCGUCGAAGCCGAACCUGAUGCUGGUCCAUGGCUUCGGCGCCAACGCCAUGUGGCAGUACGGCGACCUCCUCCACCACCUCAUGCCCCGCUACAACGUCUACGUCCCCGACCUCCUCUUCUUCGGGGAGUCGUGGACGCGACGCCCUGACCGCUCUGAAGACUUUCAAGCGCAGUGCCUGAUGCGCCUGAUGGAGGCGCACGGGGUGGCUAGGCUGAGCGUGGUGGGGAUCAGCUACGGCGGCUUCGUCAGCUACAGCAUGGCGGCGCAGUUCCCGGAGAUGGUGGAGAAGGUGGUGGUGUGCUGCUCCGGGGUGUGCCUGGAGGAGAAGGAUCUCAAGGAGGGGCUGUUCGAGGUGGCGGAUCUGGAGGAGGUGGCCAGCAUUCUCAUGCCGCAGACGCCGCAGAAGCUCAGGGAGUUGAUCAAGUUCGCCUUUGCCAAGCCGGUCAAGGGCGUCCCUUCUUGCUUCCUCUCCGAUUAUAUCCACGUUUUCUGUACAGAAUUUCUUGCUCAGAAAAAAGAACUAAUUCAUGCUUUAACUGCCGACAGAAAGCUAGACAGAAUACCCAAGAUCGAACAGCCAACGUUGAUCAUAUGGGGAGAGCAGGACAAAAUAUUCCCACUGGAGUUGGGAUUCAGACUCCAAAGGCACAUAGGUGACAAUGCAAGAAUUAAAGUGAUAAAGAAUGCUGGACAUGCUUUGAACAUUGAAAAACCAAGGGAGUUUGCUAAGCAUUUGAAAGCAUUUUUAAUUGAAGAUAGUUCUAGCCCAAGAUCAAAUUGGAAUUGGAGUUAAAGCUCUAACUUGAGUUCAUAUUCAAAUUCAAGUUCGAGUUCAAGUACAUAUUCGAAUACCAACCCUUACUCCCUUUCAUCGUUGCGACAAAAAAAUUUCUUUUGGACUAGUAGCCCUUGAUAUUAGUUCUCUCUCAAAUAUUUGACAAAUUUGUUAAUUAAUUUUAUUGAUCAUGUAUGCAUAAUAUUUUUGC